AUGUCAUUAUCACAUUCUGUUGUUAUUCCUCCAUUUCAUCAAAAAUUUAUUUAUAGUUAUGUACCUCUUAAAUCAUUAGACGAUGCCUUAUUUACACCUAAUAUUGCUCUACAACAUGCUAGAAUGGUCCUAAUUCUUCAUUCACUUCUUCAUAUUCGUGAUAAUCAUGGUGUUAUUUCCAUUAUCAAUAAUACUUGUCAUUCAAGAUACAUUCCACGUAAUAUUCCACUUGGUUUUAUCUAUUCAUCAACUGUAACAGCGGGUCUCAACGUCACUCAUGCAUCACCUAUGAACUUUUCUGAUCCUUCUUCUUCAUCUUUAUCUCUAUUAUCAUGUCACCAUUGUGGUGUUCGUUUUUCUACUGAAUUAACAUUGUAUGAUCAUUUCUUUCAUUGUUGUAAUAAAGAUUUAACAGGUACAACAAAGACUAUUCCUCCCUUAGUUGAACAUAUCGAUGAUACUGUCAAGAGAAUGAAAUUUUCCCUCAUGCUACAUCACUAUCAACAACUUUUUGAUGAUUCAUUUUUACAAGGCAUUAUCUGUAAACCACAACACGCUAUUAACAUCGGUUCUCAUUCUCCUUUAGCUGAACAUCCACGUCGAGUCUUACACCUUAAGCGACAAAUUAUUAAUAAUGAAGUUAAGAAAAUGUUAGAUAAUGGAAUUAUUGAACCUUCGAAUUCCCCUUGGGCUUCUCCUGUUGUUAUAGUUAAGAAAUCUGAUGGAUCUCCAAGUGGGUACUUUCAAGUACCUUUAGCACCUGAAAAACGUGCUAAAACUGCAUUUACAACUCCUGAUGGUCUUUGGGAAUUUACCAGAUUAUCUCAAGGAUUAAAAAAUUCACCAUCAGUUUUUCAACAAUUAAUGAACGAAACCCUUGGAUUAUUACACGUAAAUCAAGUAUGUCAAGUAUUACAUGCCUCAAAUUUUAAAUUAAACUAUAAUAAAUGUGCAUUUUUUCAACGUGAAAUUUCAUUUCUUGGCCAUAAAAUUAAUGCUGAUGGUUGUUCACCUAAUAAUGAUAAUAUUCGUUCUAUCACUCAAUUUCCUUUACUACAAUCCAGUAAAGCUGCUCAUUCUUUUUUACAAAUGGUUGGCUUUUAUCGAAAAUUUAUUCCUCGUUUUUCUCAAAUAUCAGCACCACUCAAUAAAUUUACUGGGAAAGGUUUUCCAUUUAUAUGGACUGAAGCAGAACAAUUAUCAUUUGAUCAAUUAAAAGACGCUAUCACCUCUCCUGCGGAUCUUAUUCUACCUGAUCCUUCACAACCAUAUGUUAUUCGUACAGAUGCUUCACGUGCCGCAACUGAAAAAAAAUAUUCUGCUAUUGAACUUGAAGCAUUAGCUAUUUGGUGGAGUGUUACUCAAAGAUUUCGAUCAUAUAUUGAAGGUCAACAAUUUUUUCUUCAAACUGAUCAUAAACCAUUAAUAUCAUUAAUGAAAAAACCUUAUCGUAAUGCUCGUAUUGAACAAUGGAUGACAACAUUACAACAAUAUAAUAUGAUUAUCCAACAUAUACCUGGAAGAGAUAGUACAACUGCUGAUGCUCUUUCCCGUUAUCCAGUUAAUCAACCUGAUGUUAAUGACGAAGAUGCACCUCGUCUUGUUACUUCUUCAACUCAAACUGAAGAUCUUUCGAUAUCCCGAUCUACUCCACCUGUUGUAUCUUCUUCUUCAUCUCUUAAUGACAUUAAUAUUUCAUUCGAUCAUGAUACAUUAAAUCUACAUCAAAAUCAAGAUUCUGCUAUCCAGGCAAUAAAAAAUGUUUCACCAUUAAAUUCUAAAUAUACACUUGAUGAUUAUAAUAUCCUUUAUAAAAUUAUUACUCGAAAGAAUGGUCAUGUUCUUCAAUUACCUUAUGUUCCUGCUUCUUUAACAUCUCAAGUAUUAUUAAUGCAUCAUAACUCGACAUUCCGUGGUGGCCAUUUCGGUAUUAAACGCACUUUUUACAAGAUACGCGACCGUUUUUUCUGGUCGAAUAUGUACAAAGAUAUCGAACGACAUAUUUUAUCGUGUAUUAAUUGUCGAAAGAAUAAACCUUCCCGUCGAAAAUCUGAUGGUCAUUUACAUCCAAUUGAACCAUCUCGUGGAGUUUGGGAAUAUCUUGCUAUGGAUUAUGUUGGUCCUGUUUCUCAAUCAAAAUCCGGUAAUAAAUACUUUCUAGUACUAACCGAUUUAUUUUCGAAGUUCGUCAUCACCAAAGCCGUCCCCGAUAAUACGUCAACAACAGCUGCUAAAUUUCUAUUAUAUGAUGUCUUUAUGAUCUAUGGUGUUCCAUUUGAAAUUGUUACUGAUAAUGGCACACAUUUUUCUUCUUCGUUGUAUGAAUCCCUACUCAAGUUAACUCAAUGUUGUCAUGUUAAAACCACACCUUAUAACCCCAAAGCCAACGAUCAAUGCGAAAGACAUAAUGCAACUCUAGCACCUAAUUUAGUUGCACUUUCGAAUCAAUCUCGAUCUAAUUGGGAUUACAAAUUAGUCGCUACAACUUUUAAUUAUAAUGCUACUCGACAUGAUUCUACUGGUUAUACUCCAUUCGAAUUAAUGUUUGCUGGUCAACCUCGUUUUGUAGCUGAUUUAUCCUCAUCAUUUCCAUCAAGUUCUCAUACUAUUUCUCAUUAUCAUCAUACUAUGUAA